AUGUGGGCUGAGUCCACUGACCUCUCCAUAUGUCAGGCGUCGCCCUGGUAUCAGCGCCUGCGGAUUGACUGGAGCCUGCUGACGCAGUCGCUGCCCAUUUGGCUGCGCUCCAAUUCCCCCGAGCCUCUGGAGGUGUUGAUUUGCGUCACCGGCGAGGACGACCAGGCCCUGUUGGGCACCGAGCCCUGCUUGGACCUCUGGCCGGAACUUCCCCACCGCCGGGUGCGCAACGAACGCACAGGCGCCUUGCGGGUGCACGUGGCCAAAUUAGCAGCUAUGUCCAGCUUGCGGGUGAGCUGCGUGUGGCAGGAGCCAAUCGACCCAUCUCGCAGUCGCCGACCACGGCCGCAGCUUUUGGUGUAUUCCUCCGGCCCGCUGGCAGCGUUCUGCGAGCCGGGCAUUCCUCCUCAGCUUGGCUUUUGCGAGCCUCCAAGAGAGGUCCAGAAGUACUGGCAAGCUUCUGUAUUGUGCUCCGGCUGCUGGACGUCAGGCUUCUCCAGCGGCUUUGGCAGCCUCCGGAACCCCCAGGUGGUUCUGGAAGUGCUGCGCGGGCCAAGCAAAGGCGAAGAGUUGCAGCUGGAGCUUUACUUGUGCGUGCCUGGCAAGGGCAAGGCGCGCCCCAAGACAGCUCUUACCGUCUUCGUGCGCCAGGAGGAGCAUAGAGCUUCCCCCGGCGCCCCAGAGCGGCUGGCCGAGGGUGUGCUGCGGCGAGAGAUCGGCUCCGGAAAGGCCUUGGGGUCAUAUGUGGUGUCGUCCUUAAGGCUCACCGGGGCUGAGAGUCGGCAGCAGCUGUACUGCGUGCUUCAGAACGAUGACCCCCAGGAGAGACGUGGCCGUGGCAGCUGCGGGCCUUGGCAAGGAUCCGUGCCAAAGACGAUUCUGCCGGUGAGGCAUUGGGUGCGCCGAUUGGCACGCCGGAUGAGCCGCCCUUGCGCUGCGCUGUGCUGGGAGGCGUGGCGGAGCCAGGCCGCAUCUACACAUGCUGGCCGGAGGCCUUGGCGCUCUACACGCCUAAGUGUGGAAAGUCACUUGGGGAGUGCGAGGAGUUGCCACCAGGAUGGCAGCAAGACCACAUCUCGCACGCCUGGCACAUCUCACACGACUGGGAUGCAGAGACGGUUAAGGUGGAGGUGA